CGUAAGCUACCUCCUCGAUGAUCACCGUUUGUGUUUUAAAUCUACCGCUAACUAAGUACGCAUGCGUACAAUUCAAAAGCAAAAAACUCAUGUCGAAGGUCAAUGUGAAGUAAUGAUGGCUGCCAGUGGGACGGAUCAGAAAACAAACAAAAGUGAGUAUGAGCAGUUUUAUAAAGAAGCGAUGGAUAAUGCUGCUCAGUACAACACCAGAAUGAUGCUUGAGCGACGACUUCGCCUACCAUACCUAGAUUCACAGACUGGCUUAGCUCAGAGCAAUUGUUAUAUCUGGUUAAAUAAGCGAUUUCGCAGUCCCGGUCUGAAGUCAGGGCAGUUAUACACCUACCCAUCCAAGAGGUGGCGGAAGAAGCGGCGUCCUACACCCCCACAGCAUGUGAUGAUACGAAAGCCAGCCAUUGAAGGAGAAGAUGUUGAAGCUUCCACACAGCUGCUAAUUAAAGGAUUGUCUGAAGGAGGCAGUAUGGAUGACGCUAAUCUCCCAAUAGAUACAAGGCAAGAGGUUGCAUUCCUCAACGACCUUGGACCACCAGACGAUUUCCCCGAUGCAGGUGAGAUCGAUAAUGUCGAGACUGAAAGUGAUGAAGAUUUUGUACUUCCCUCAAAGAGAAAAACAAAAGCCAAGCCGAAGCAAACUUCAAGAAAACGCAAGGCUCAGGACCCCGACCAGCAGAUGAUACCCCCAGAUGAAAAAGAAAAACCAUUUGGUUGUAAAAUAUGCGGGAAACGAUACCGUAACCGAGCAGGUCUCAACUACCACGUCACCCACACCCAUCAGGACGAUGAGGAGGAGGAGGAAGCAGAAGUGGUACCGAGUUCUCCCUUGCCAAUGCCGUCAAUGAACCAUCCUGCCAAGAAAGUCAACGGAAUAGCUGAGGCUAGUAGCUAUUGUGAUUUCUGCCUUGGUGAUGCUAAGAAGAAUGUAAAGACAGGGGAAGCUGAGAUCUUGGUAUCGUGCUCAGACUGUGGACGAUCCGGCCAUCCAUCUUGCUUACAAUUUACUGACAGAAUGACAUCAAAUGUGAAGAAUUACCGUUGGCAGUGCAUUGAGUGUAAAUCCUGCACAUUGUGUGGAACUUCAGACAAUGAUGAUCAACUGCUGUUUUGUGAUGAUUGUGACCGUGGUUACCACAUGUAUUGUCUCUCGCCACCGAUGUCCGCUCCUCCUGAAGGGAACUGGAGCUGUAGUCUCUGUCUCCAACAAGAAAAAGAAGGUUCGGUCCCUGGUGUUGAAUCAUCGUGAAGUAAUGCAUGUUAUAAUACCACUGAUAACUCAUGCACUUCAAGUGUUCACUCAUGCACGACUAGGCUCACUCAACCGUGAAAAUAUUCACCCAGAUUUGAGAAUGACAAAUUCAAAUUGAUAUUGCUUUAUGAUGAUGCAUGUAUGGUGCUUAUUCCUAAGUAAAAUGUUUGCUGGCAGCUUAUAUAUUAAUAUCUAUAAGUAGUUUGUUCAUAAAGUUAUAUAAUGGUGCUGUUCAAACUAAGCUAAGGAAAACAUUUGUUUCUAAAACAAACAGAGCAAUUUACAUCAUAAUUGUUUUGCUUUGUGGAUGUCUUAAUUGUUAUUAGGCUUAAUGUCUCACAUAUUUAUUGUAAGGGAAAGUAAACUUUUAUAUAUAUAAAAACUUUAUUACGAAGAAAUUUUAAACAACUCUUCUGUGUUCCAUAAUCAUGAUUUAUCACAUUUAUUAGUAUAAAAACUAAAUUUUACAUAUUUUACAUGUUAUUAUGGUACUGUGCUACCAGCAGUAUUAUUAUAGUAACAUGUUGUUUUGUCCAUGUAAUAUAAUAAUACAAAUAUGCAAGAUUUGUAUUGUGCUUAAUACAGGAGGCUUCUAUUUAAAAUUCCCUCCCCAACCUCCCCCCCAAACCUGUUAUGGCUUUUGUACAUAAGUUACGGAAUUACAUACCCCGAUAUUCAGUCUUACAGGCCCAUACGUUUAAUACCUGUUACUGCCAACUACAAAGUAAACAUGUCUUAAAGGAUGUAACAGAUGAUGCCUCUACAUCUAAAACCUUAUGUAUUGUAAUAUAAAUGUACUAGCACAAGUAUAAAGCUGAAAGGUUGGGAAGGAAAACGUUUAAAGAUAUAUUCAGUGGUGUAUUUAGGAGUAUUGAUAUGUGGGUGGGGCCAUGGUAUCAAGAAGAGAGGGGCACUAACUGCAGUGACGACAGUUUUGAAAUGGCUGAUGAUAGGGUGAACAAGUGAAAUUUGGGGGGUGAA